AUGUGUCAACUAAAUUUCGUGUUUUUGUGUUGCACACUUUUUCUGCUCAUUAUUUCGUCAUCGAAAUCUCAGCAAAAUUUCACCAACAAUAAAGAGAAAGGUGAUAAUUUGACAGUACAAAACGAGAAAGACACGGAUUUUACAACAAUCUAUAGCAAUGAAAUAAAAACACUGGAAUAUGAUAUGUAUGAAAAAUUUGCCAACAAUAAUACGCAAUAUGAUCACAAUCAUGAGGAUGAGGACCAAAUACUGAUGAAUUCUCACACCAAUUCGACUAAUGUCAGUUAUAAAGAAAAUUUCACGUCACAGAAAAAUUAUGAAAACUUGAUUAUACAGAACGAUUCCGUGUUGUACGAGGUCUUUGAAAAUUUCACAGAGAGCAGUAAAAGUAACGUCGUCCCAUACGAAAUGUGCCACAAUAUUACUUGCAUUCUGCUCUGCUGCCCUCUUGGCCAUCGCGUGGAUGGCAGUAUAUGCAUUCCCGAAAAAACUAAGCACUUUUUCCCGUACGUUUACGCAUAUGUGAAAGAUGCGAAGGGCAGCGAAGGUAAGACAGUGGAUGAAUUUUUUUCUCUGACCGUCCACAAUUCGUGCGAAGGAAAGGCUCGUUACACGCUUCCCGCAGGUUAUGAAAACGAGUUUAUGAUUUUUCCCAAUGGUUCUGUCUAUUUAUCGCCUUAUAAAGUAUUUGCUAAAUCGCCAUUAUAUUGUCUCGGCGUCUUCUGGAAUAAGGGAGAUGUAUAUCAAGUGGCUUUUGCGCAGAUGUUUUUGAGGAGAUUAAAGAAAUGA